UCUGCAUUGACGGUUCGUCACAUUUCACGCUGACGUCGAGCGAAUACACGCCAGGUCCAUAUACACACACACACCACCGGCUCAAAAUAUUAUCGACCGAUCGCAGUUCGGGAAUACAGUAGAGAACGUAGCGUGUAUUUAAAGAAAGAAAUAUAUUUUCUGGUGAGGAAACGGGGGAAUACAGAGAACGACAGAAAAGAAAACGAGGAAACCACCAAAAGGAAAUGCCAAUCGCAGCCACGGGUCAACUGACGACUCAGGAACCCCGUAUUUUCUCCCGWCUGCCCUCCACCCCGGAGCCUGUACCAAAAGGGGGUAAUUUAUGUGACGUUGCGGGGGCAGUAGCCGAGUCGCAGGAGCGAACAGAAUACGGGGGCGCCGAGGGGGGCAGGGGAGGACUAGUAGCCAGCUACAGUCAGACCAGCGGCGCUAGGGGAUUUCUGCCGCUUCGUUCUUCCAACUCCAACGGUUCUCCUCCGCAAUCCCCUCCCACGUCCUCCUCCCUCGCCUCAUCUUUCUUCCAUCACCACCCCUAUCAAAUGGCCAUGGAGCCGCCCAGGACUKGAUCGCGUUCUCGGUCUGGAUUCUACCAGCAGUAUGGUGCGACCGGCCCCGGGAUUAAUGCCAACGGGGGAACCGGACCUAACCACCAUCACCACCACAGCCAGCAGCAACAUCWUCAACAGCAGCACAACUCGGGUUGCCUUGGAGCUCACAGCCACCACACGGAGCAGCACAG